GAAGUUGUCAGCUGUCAGUCAUUGCUCGUUCGGCAUAGGAAGUGGAUCUUCGCAGCUCGCUUCAGUUUAUUAACCUAAUUGUUUCCGUUAGAGAAAAGGAAAAAUUCUAGUAAAUUUUUGAAGAUUCAUCAUGAAGAGCGUUCUGGCAUUGUUGUUGCUGGCAGUAGUUGUCUCAGGACAAGCUGUUUCCUUCAAUCAAAUUCUAGAUGCAGAAUGGUUUAUUUUCAAGGCACAUCAUAAAAAGAUUUACAAAUCGCCGAUUGAAGAGGGAUACAGAAUGAAGAUCUUUUUGGACAACAAGCGCAAGAUUGUUGAACACAAUCGCAGGUAUGAGAUGAAGGAAGUCAGCUACAAACUAGGAAUGAACAAGUAUGGAGAUAUGUUGCAUCACGAAGUUGUCAAUACUUUGAAUGGCUUUAACAAAUCAGUGAGUGAAAUUAGCGACCAGUCUGUGGGAGCAUCAUACAUCGAGCCAGCUAAUAUCGAGUUACCAAGAGAAAUCGAUUGGAGAACAAAAGGUGCUGUCACUGCUGUUAAGGAUCAAGGACAAUGUGGAUCCUGCUGGGCAUUCUCUUCUACUGGAGCUUUGGAAGGACAACAUUUUAGACAGACUGGCGUUUUGGUGUCAUUGAGUGAACAAAACUUGGUUGAUUGUUCUGGCAAAUAUGGUAACAAUGGAUGCAAUGGUGGUUUGAUGGAUAAUGCUUUCCGAUAUGUCAAAGACAACAAAGGCCUUGAUACUGAGAAGAGUUAUCCAUACGAAGCGGAAAAUGACAACUGCAGAUACAAUCCGAAAAACAGUGGUGCUUCCGAUGUCGGUUUUGUAGACAUUCCAGAAGGAAACGAGGAAAAGUUGAAGGCUGCAGUCGCCACCAUGGGUCCAGUUUCAGUUGCCAUUGAUGCUUCUCAUGAAUCCUUCCAUCUUUAUAGCGAAGGAGUCUAUUACGAGCCUGACUGUAGUUCAGAAAAUUUGGAUCAUGGUGUUCUGAUUGUUGGCUAUGGCACAGAUUCGGAAACUAACGAAGAUUACUGGCUGGUAAAGAAUAGCUGGGGUGAAACGUGGGGUGAGAAAGGUUACAUUAAGAUGGCCAGAAAUAAGGAUAACCAUUGUGGUAUAGCGAGCAGUGCCAGCUAUCCUCUUGUUUAAUGUUCAAUGCUAGUUGGCAAGCAAAUUUUCUUAGCCUGUUAUAAUCUACUGAAACAUGACAGAUGUACUGAGGGACCUAAUAAAGUUUCGAGAUCUUUAUAAAAAAUGCUCAUGGAGCACUUUUUAUAGAAGCAAUUUUGUUUAAAUCACAUUUAUAGCAUAAUGUGAAUUUUGACAUUUUUGCGAUCAAUACUUAUUGCUUUCUUCGAGCUAUGAAAAAGAACUGAUAUUACAAAAAUCAGAUAUUCUUUGGUAAUUUUAUAACUUUUUUUUUAGGUCCCUAUAUAUAUAUAUAUAAAUAAUUAAUUAAUUCAAAUAAAAAUACAAAAGAGAACGCUCGUGGUGCGAAUCGCAAUGGUUGUGAAUCUACGAAAUAGCGAUUUGCCAUUUGAUUCUUUUGUAUUUUUAUUAUUAAGUUUAACAACAAUUGCGAACGUUAUUUUAAGUUGUAUUUAAUAUGCAUAUACUACUUGGUAUUUGAAAUAAUGUCAAGCUAUCCUAAAAAAAAAAAAUUAAUGCUAUUUUAUUUCUCCAACUGAAAUAUAUUGCUCAUAUACGUACCGAAUUUAGAUAUUAUGAAAUCUAAUUAUAUAAUUAAAAUAAUUAAGACUAGAAAAAGUUUGUAUUGCAAUUAUAAUACAUUUAUUUUUUAUGGUAAUUCAUGGUCAAGGCAUUAUUUACUAGACAAACUAAUCUAUUUUUGAAACGAAAACAGAUAAAAUAAAGAUUUUCUUGACAACCACCAGUCUUGUUUACCUGCCAAUUUUUUGUGAAUUGAAACUGAAUAAUGUACAGUGCAAAAUGCUUACAAAUUA